AUUGUCGUAAAGCGGAAGCGCGGAGAUCACUCGGCCGCGUGUUUUACGGCAGGCUUGGGAUUGGUUGGGCCGCCGCCAGACUCGGAAGCGCUGCUUGUUUGAGGGCAUCAGAAGUGGCCGGCUCGUGAAUCGUUUGAGGAAGAGGGGCUGCCACGUGGGAAAGAAGAGCGGUGUUAGGUGGGAGAGCUAAGUUGUGAGGGUUGCUGCCGGCUUGAGGUGUCGUCAGCUGGAAAAGGAACGAAGGCAUGUCAUUUCGAGGACGAGGUGGUGGCAAUCGUGGCGGCGGUGGCAAUCGUGGCGGCGGUGGCAAUCGUGGCGGUGGUGGCUUCAAUCGUGGCGGUGGUGGCUUCAACCGGGGCGGUGGUGGCUUCAAUAGAGGUGGACGGGGUGGUGGAAGAGGUGGAUUUGGCCGUGGAGGUGGUGGACGAGGAGGCUUCAACAGAGGCGGAUAUGACCAAGGACCCCCAGAAAGUGUAGUCAUCCUGGGAGAGUUUAUGCACCCUUGUGAAGAUGACAUUGUUUGCAAAUGUGUAACUCAGGAGAGCAAAGUACCUUAUUUCAAUGCACCUGUCUAUUUAGAAAAUAAAGAACAGAUUGGGAAAGUGGAUGAAAUCUUCGGGCAGCUCAGAGACUUCUAUGCUUGUGAGAAGAAUUACACAUCACUCAAUAUAAUCUUUCUUAAUCAAGUCAAACAGUAUUUUUCAGUCAAACUGUCAGAAAACAUGAAAGCAUCUUCCUUCAAAAAGUUACAAAAGUUUUAUAUUGAUCCAGCAAAAUUGCUCCCUCUGCAGAGGUUUUUGCCAAGGCCUCCAGGUGAGAAAGGACCUCCUAGGGGUGGUAGAGGAGGCCGUGGAGGAAGAGGAGGUGGCAGAGGAGGAUUUGGCAGAGGUGGAGGUGGUUUCAGGGGUGGCAGAGGUGGUGGAGGGUUCAGAGGAGGACGAGGUGGAGGUGGUGGUGGCCGAGGAUUUAGAGGCAGAGGACGAUAAGUGAAGCUCUGGGAAAUUCCAAGUCUAUGGCUUCAUCUUUAGAAUAUGGGAGAUGUUUUAUGAACUCGAAUGCUAUAAACUGGACUUCUUAUAUAUGAUUGUCUCAGGGACUGAAAUACUAGCACAUUCGUUCCUCAAUUCGUUUCUACUAAGAUGGGACAGUUUAAGAAGAUCGAUAUUUGUCUUGAAAUCUGCUUGGACAUAUUGUGGUCCUGACAUGAAAUGGAAUGUUAUUUUAAACUCUUUUAAAAUGAGCUAUUUUUAAAAAAGUCAAAACCUCAUAUUGAAGUUGGGAAACCAGUGAACCUGUAAACAAUAAUUAAAAAGGUUGCCAGGCCAUGUACAGAUCUAGUUUUUUGUAAAAAGAAAAAAAGAAAGGUUUUUUAA